AUGGAUUCUACAUCAGUCUCUGUGCUAGUUGGUGAAAUUUCUGAUUGUUUAGAUCAGUUAAUAAAAAUUCUUGAAGGGCAAUUACAGUCGAUUUUAUAACACCAAAUUCCUCCUGUAGCACAAAAUGAUAGAGCACAACAGACAGGAGCUGUUGCAUUUCCUUCCAGGGAUGCUUCCCUACCAGAUCUCUCAAAUCUUGCAGACUUAGAAUCAAUACUUUCAUUAAGGGAAAGUGAAAACCUGAUCUUUGAUGAUGAUGAUUCCAUGUUAGAUAUAGAAGGUUUAAGCGAAGUGGUAAUGUCUAUUAUAAAUGAUGACUUAGAAAUAAGUAAGACUCAGUUUUUCCCCACUGGCAAGUGA